CGCCACUCGGAGAGACGUGCAUCAACCCGGAAGUGUGAGAGGCAAAAUCUGCCUAGCAACCGGGGAAGCCGGGCUGUGAAGCGGGCAAUUUCAGUGUGAGAAGGAGCGGUGAGACCGAGCGGCGGCUCCGAGCGCGCCGCGGCAGCUCCUUCCGCCCGGGGUCAGCGCCCGGCGCGCGCACGCGCACCCUCGCUGCCUGAGCGCGCCCCGCGCCGCCCGCGCAGUCGGUCCGUCGGUCGUCGGUCGUCCGUCGUCCUGUCGCCACCGCCGCCUCAGGCGCCACCCGAGGGAGCCGUCGCCGUGGGACGCGACCAGACCGGACCCGAGCGCUCUGCCUGAGGUUGGCCUGGGGCCCAGCUGCCGAUCGCGCGGAGCCGAGCAACUUCGGUUGGCCAGCACAUUGAGCCAGCACAUCCACAUAAGUUGCCUUUUGACAGAGCUGUGGCCAUGGCAGCAUGGUAGGAUCCGUGUCCCGGACCCUGAGGCCAGGUCCUGAGCUCCCCAUCUCUAUCCUGUCCAGGCCUGGGCGUGUUUAUACCCUGUCUGAGGAUACUGCCAGUCUACUUCCUCUUGUUCUAGAACUCAGCAGCUCUGCUUCAGGCAAAUGAGUGAAGAAGCAUGCCGAACCCGCAGUCAGAAGCGCACCCUUGAACCUGACCUAACAGAGGAUGAUGUGGAGAACAAGAAAAUGAAAAUGGAGAAAGGGCCAUCAGAGCUGACAGUGGAUGGAGACAGCAGGGUGAUGCCAGAGCCGAGUGCAGGCUCAGCCCAGGGGUUGCUGAGGACAACAGAGGCCAUGGGCACAGGAUCUGGCGAGGGGCUGUUAGGAGACGGGCCUGUGGACAUGCGCACUUCACACAGUGACAUGAAGUCUGAGAAGAGACCUCCCUCGCCUGAUGUGAUUGUGCUCUCUGACAGUGAGCAGCCAUCCAGCCCAAGGGUGAAUGGCCUGACCACAGUGGCCUUGAAAGACACCAGCACUGAGGCGCUCUUGAAAAGCAGCCCAGAAGAACGAGAGCGGAUGAUCAAGCAGCUGAAGGAGGAGUUGAGGCUAGAGGAAGCAAAACUGGUCUUGUUGAAGAAGUUGAGGCAGAGUCAAAUACAAAAGGAAGCCACCGCGCAGAAGCCUACAGCUUCCUCAGGGAGCACUGUGACCACCCCUCCCCCACUCGUGCGGGGUACCCAGAACAUUCCUGCUGGCAAGACUUCACUUCAGACCUCCUCCACUCGAAUACCUGGCAGCAUCAUCCCACCACCACUGGUCCGAGGUGGGCAGCAGGUGUCUGCCAAACUGGGACCACAGGCCAGCUCUCAAGUAGUCAUGCCACCGCUUGUCAGGGGGGCCCAGGUGAGUCAGCAGAUUCACAACAUCAGACAGCAUUCCUCUACGGGGCCACCACCCCUCCUCCUGGCCCCCCGUGCCUCAGUGCCCAGCAUGCAGAUUCAGGGACAGAGGAUCAUCCAGCAGGGACUUAUCCGUGUCGCCAAUGUCCCCAACACCAGUCUGCUUGUCAACAUCCCUCAGCCUACUGCAGCCUCCAUGAAGGGGACAGCAGUUGCCUCUGCUCAGGCAAACUCCACUCCCACCAGUGUGGCUUCUGUGGUUGCAUCUGCUGAGUCUCCAGCCAGCCGACAGGCGGCUGCCAAGCUAGCACUGCGCAAGCAGCUGGAGAAGACACUGCUGGAGAUCCCCCCACCCAAGCCCCCUGCUCCAGAGAUGAACUUCUUGCCCAGUGCUGCCAAUAAUGAGUUCAUCUACCUGGUCGGCCUGGAGGAGGUGGUGCAGAACCUGCUGGAGACACAAGCAGGCAGGAUUUCUGCCACUGCAGCAGCUGCUGUGUUAUCCCGGGAGCCCUACAUGUGUGUGCAGUGUAAGACAGACUUCACAUGCCGCUGGCGAGAGAAGGGUGGAGCCGUUAUGUGUGAGAACUGCAUGACAUCCAACCAAAAGAAGGCACUCAAGGUUGAACACACCAGUCGCCUGAAGGCCGCCUUUGUGAAGGCUCUACAGCAAGAGCAGGAGAUGGAGCAGCGCCUGCUGCAGCAGGGUGUGGGUACCGCCAGCAUCAAGGCUGAGCCUGCAGCUCCACAUCCCACGCUGAAGCAGGUCAUAAAGCCCCGACGUAAGUUGGCGUUCCGCUCAGGAGAGGCCCGGGUCUGGAAUAACGGGUCCUCACUACAGGCUUCCAGCCAGCUGUCCCGGGGCUCAGCCACAGCACCUCGUGGUGUUCUGCACACUUUCAGCCAGUCACCCAAACUGCAGAAUGCAGCCUCAGCUACGGCCCUGGUAAGCAGGACUGGCAGACAUUCCGAGAGAGUCGUGGGCACCGGCAAGGGCACCGCCUCCAACUGGAAAAAGACGCCUCUGAGCACAGGUGGGACCCUCGCCUUCGUCAGCCCAAGCUUGGCAGUGCACAAGACCUCGGCUGUGGAUCGACAGCGAGAAUACCUCCUGGACAUGAUUCCUCCACGCUCCAUCCCCCAAUCAGCCACAUGGAAAUAGUGGGAGCCGGCCCAGCCGAGGACAGGCCCUCUUCUCUCCCAAGGCCCUUGGUCUAGGACACGCAGACUGCCCUCCUAGCGAGUUGCCUGAGACAGCUCAGGCCUUGGCUGUUGCCUUGCUUUGGCCAGGAGAGUGUGCCACCAUGGUGCCCAGGAUCAGAACGAGGGACCUCCCAAUGGGCCUUCUCUUUCCUUUUUGCCUUUAGUUUGCCCGAUACCAGCAGAAACUCGGACCUUGGGGCCAGCUCUGCCUGGCCAGCAUGGGUGGGAGCUCACCCUGGACACUGUGACACACCCGGGCCAGGCUGGCACCGGGGGCUCCCAAAGUUGAGCCGGGGUUUCAUUUUCUUUUGGCUUUUCCCAUCUCAGCUCCCCAGUCUCUGCCUCUUCAUGGCCAUCUAUAGGUUGAAGUUUGGGUUUUAUUGGGUUUUUUUUUGUUUUGUUUUGUUUUUUUGUUUUUGUUUUUUUAUAAUCACCUCAUAAUGAUGAUGGAAUUAAAAGUGAACUGCAUAGACCCAGAGUCACUGUUAUACACAGUGCACUCUGGCAGGCUCUAACCCCAGAGGAUGCUCAGAGUGGCACCAGAGAUGGCAGGUACCACCCUGACUCUAGUCGUCUGUUGCUGCUCACUGCAACCCCUGGCUUCCACCCUUAGAACGAAUUGCAGCCCAUAUUCUGUCUGAAAUCCAGAGGCUCCAGAGAGAUGCUGGGUCCACUGUGCUGGAGCCAGAGCUGGUUGCUGGGUUACUUUUUGUGGUUUAUUUUAUUAAAAAUUUCUAUCCUUUUUCUCUUUUGAUGGACACAAUCUCAUGAUUCCCACGCCUGCCGAGAGGCAUCCAUCCAGGUAGGGCCCAGCCAGAGCCCUUAGGUCUGGAGUCAGCAGGGCUUACUCCCUCUCAAUCCACAGGGACGUCUGAAAGGGCCCAGUCUACUUCUGUUCUGUUUUGUUUCCUUUCCCCCUACCCCCCCCCCCAUUNUUUUAACAAUUGGUUCCAUGGUGAAAGGCAGAAGUAGCUGUGUGUCCAGCACGCACGGGGCGGCCUUCUGCUCAUGUGAUUGGUCGCCGUCGUUUCCCCAUCCAGCCCUGGUUUCCCUUGACACAGUACAGUUAGGGACUUUAAUUUAAACCCUUGUUCUGCGGACCACCGCCCUCUGCAGACACGCCCCCGCCUCCUCCUAAUAAAGGCUCAUUUAACUCCAUGCUCAACUGUGUGGAAAUCCUCCAUCUUUAGAAAUCAUUUGGACAUGUGGGAGUUGAGAGUUUUGGAAAACCCUUUUGUUGUGUGAUACCCAAGUUGCUCAGUGCUUUUGAGUGUGUCACUUCCCAGGGUGGAUUUGGGGCAAUUAACAGAAAUUGACCUUUUUUUAAAGGGGGGUUGUUUUUACACCAAAAAAAAA